CUUUGAUACCAUUAUCCUUCUUGCAAUUUCUUUGACGAAGGGUAGUCUGUGCGAAAGAAAGCGUGUGACUCGCUUUGCUCCGCUGGAUUAAACAGGUUGAUCUCAGAAUAAAUCCAAUAGGUAUCUGAAGGUUGCGGAAUGUCAAUGAAUUCCAAUCGGCAAGCUUGAACACCAACGGAAAGGCUACAGAAACAAUUAUGGACAUUACUCUGAGUUAUAUCAAACAAUGGAAGGAAACGAUCUCCAGCCGCUACUCGUUCAAGUUUUGGAACUGUCUAUACGGGUGUCCAAUAGACUUGAUUUUCUUCAUGUACAACAUCGGAGACGCUAUGUUGGACGCGGUUUUGCGUCCCAACAUUCCACAAAUCGUUUGUUUCAACAUGUUUCCAGAUAGACUUGACAUGUGUAGGAACCUAGAAACAACACCUGAUCUUGAAGACGACGUUCAAAAACAAGCUACAAACUAUAUAAUUUACCACAAAGUCCUAUCUAAUUUCCCUGCGCUUAUUCUUGGAUUGUUUUGCGGAGCAUGGAGUGACAAGUAUGGAAGAAAGCUCCCAAUGGUUCUACCUUCUAUAGGAACUACUUUCGCAGUUUUGUUGUACAUGCUAGCCAAUGUAUCUCCGCAAUCAUCCGUUGCCUUUUUCUUGAGCGGUUCUUUCAUACAUGGAUGUUUUGGUAAAACUUCAAUGAUCUCAAUGGCUGUUCAUAGCUACGUGGUUGACAUCACUUGCCCAAGUGGAAGGACAAAUAAACUAGGUCUCCUUGCAGCAAUGCAGUUUCUUGGGAUGUUUAUUGGAUCGCUAAUUGCGGGACUUUUAUUGGACAAUACGAGUGUUUUGACUACUUACUGCACAGCCUCAGCUUGUAACGCCAUAGUCGUUGUUCUAGCAUUAACUAUAGUCAAGGAAACAGUUUCUGCCAGUGAAGGUUCUGAAGUAUUUCCAUGCAGAACUAUAUUCAAACCAGAAAACUUUAAAGACUCGUUGAUGGUACUUAUCAAGAAGAGAGAAUUCAAUCUUCGGAGAAGUAUAUGUGCAUUGCUUUUCGUACUACUCUUGCACCAAACAUGUCGCACCGGCUUAACGGACGUGACCCUACUGUAUACAGAGCUACCGCCACUAUCAUGGCCAACAUCUUGGUUUGGAUAUCUAUCAGCCGCUGACAAUGCUGCAAUGGGAGUGGUGUUGCUUUUCAUCUUACCAAUAUUAUCAAACGUCCUUAAGCUCCCCGAUGCAGUUAUAAGUAUCAUUGGCCUAGCUUGUGCUAGUAUUCGGUUCAUCGUUCUUACGUGGAGUAAGCAUACGUGGAUGGUUUGGGCAGCAGUUAUUGUAGGCAGUUUAGGAGGCAUGAUUAAUUCUCCAGCGAGGUCACUUCUGAGUAAACUGGUCCAUGAAGAUGAAGUAGGCAAGAUAUUUUCCGUGCUUGGUAGUGGAGAGACGAUAGCGAAAUUCUUUGCAUUGAUAUUCACCGCGCUGUAUGGGACAACAUUGGAUAUAUUCCCAGGAAUGUCAUUCCUAAUUGCUUCUGCGCUAUAUACCAUCAUGUCAUUUCUAUUCCUGUUCAUUCAUAUUUCAACACGCGAUUAUUUAGAAAGAGAUAACUCGGAAAAUGACUUAGACAGUAGAAGCCAGUCAGAUGAAUGCAUAGAAAUGAAUAGCAAACACGAAAUAAACGGCAAAAGAAAAACAGUAGAUUAAAAGCACUACAACUUUAUAAAUAGUAAAUGUAUGUAUUUUUUUAAUUUAUUUUAAAACCGAUAUAUACAACAUUGAAAGUUAUAUUUGUGGAGACGAUACUAUUUUUGUACUAGUUUCUUUAUCUGUUUAAUAGUUUAGUUUAUUUCUCAUUGUGAAUGUCUGUUAUCACAAACUAACAAGCAGUAUACCAGUCAUAACAUUGAACUAUUGAUUUACUUAAUUGAAAAUAUACAACUAUCUUUAUAAAAAAAGAGCGUUGUCUAUGUGUUUUAUUUGCUUAAAAGUUACAAUUCAAAUAUAUGCCUCAGUAUAAUUAGUUUACUAUCACAUUUCCCCCCAACCAUGACAUAUACAAACAUCUAUGCCGGCAAUCUGAUUUGAGUACUUGAUAUAAAAUGAUAAAAUAAAGAUAUGUUUUUGAUGAUAAUAUUUUUACUUCUGAUAUUGGUGACCGUGAAGUUACUAAAUUUCUUUUUUCGUUCCUUUAAAGUUUUGAUUGUUUCAAAAUUUAAGUGCUUAAACGUUCAUGAAUUAUACCUAACGUAUGCCAUACGCAUUUGUUUGCAAUGACAUGUUUCAGGAUUGUAGGUGGACACUGAGACUUUCAUUAACAGUAGUUGAACGUGCAGCACUGGCAAUGCCCUCCUAGGACGGUUUAAACGAUAUUCUGCAAUGAAUAAAUACAUAACUAGACUUUGGCGCACUAGAAGUAUAGACCGCCAUAUUGAUCAUAUAGCCUCAGUAUUCAGUACAGUCUUCAGUACUCGUCCCUUUUUGGUAACGUUUUAAAAAAAAACGAUAACUGCUUUUUCUAAGAUAUCAUAUCAGACAAUCUUACGUUUCUCAGUUUUACUUGCAAAGUGUUGAUUUCAAUAAAUUAUGAAUAAAAAUAAACCCGAGUAUCAGAUUACUUGGUCACUUUACGUACUAUACUGAAAGGAAAGUAAAAACAAAUGUGUUUUAAUCUUUUUUUCCACACACUUAUUAUUUGUUAAUCAGAUGUCGUUUCCACUGCUUUGUAUCGGCUUUUAUGAAUUGAAAUGUUAUAAAAGAUAACUAAACUCAUUUCUUUGAAUAUUUAUAACUACUAAUUACCAUUUGUUUUGUCAGAUAUCGUAUUCAAUGCUUUGUAUAUGCUUGUGCAAAGUGAAAUGUCCACAAAUGAUCAACAACGCGUUACUGUUAAACAUUUGUUUGUUUCCAAAUGAGCCUUAACGCGAUUUUAUUAAUGCUUUUCCUGAUAACAAUUGAUCUUUCACGCCCUGCUAUUAAAGCUUUAUUCAUUAAAUGAUUAUUAAGGCCUUGCCAUUCAAGCUGUUACUUGUUAACAAAUGAUCCUUUACGCGCUGGUAUGAAAGCUUUACUCCUCAAAUGAUGAUUUAAGCGCUGCUAUUUAAGCUUUACUAGUUUUCAAAUGCUUGUUUAUACACUUCUGUUAUCAAAAUCGAAUUUACUUUCGCAACUUAAACAGAUUUUGUAUCUCGAUGUAGAAAUAUUGCCUUUUGUGGAUUUUUAUGCCUUGUUAAAUAAUGGUUCAAUGAAAGGUUUUAUCUGGUGUUUGUGUUCUUUUAUCGUUUGGUCUUAGAUUUUUAUUUGAUGCAAUUCAUUUCAUGUUAGUUUGCAAAUGGUUUGAUUAUCUGAAAACACGUAGUUGUCAGUUUCAGCCAAUAUUUCAGAAGUUAAUACGAUUGCUAGUCAUUAAGCGCAGAUUGGUUUCAGAGAAAACAUAAUUAAAGAUUUAAUUACUCUCUGAUUAAACUGCUUUCUUAUUACUAAUCUGUUAAUAA